CAAUAAUUCAAUCGACAAAAUGGAUGUCAAAUCAAUCAAAGAAGAGAAGGCUGAGGUAGAAAUCUGGCAAUAUAUAUUCGGCUUCACUCCAAUGGCCCUAGUCAAGUGCGCAAUCGAGCUCGAAAUAGCCGACGCCCAUCGAAAGCCGCCGUGUCUCUUCCCGAUCUCGCCUGCUCCCCCUCCGCCCUCGGCCGCAUCAUGAGGUACUUGACCCACCGCGGCUUCUUCGAGCUCAACCAAUCCACAAACCAAUACUCCAAUACUCCCCUCUCUCUCCUACUUUUUAAAAAGCGGAGCGAAUUGAUGCUGGAGGCCAAGGAGUGGAGCAUGUCGCUGGGGACAUGUUUCAACAUGUCCUUAAGGCUGAUGCUGCUUUCAUCAUGUGGGUGCUGCAUGACUGGAGCGAUUUCGAGUGCAUGAAGAUACUAACGAAAUGUCGAGAAGCAGUUCCGAAGGAGACGAGCAAGGUUAUAAUCGCGGAGGCGGUGAUCGUGGAAGGUGAAGAAGACAAGUAUACCGACGCAAGGCUGGCGCUGGACAUGAUGAUAAUGGUUCACACAGACAAAGGGAGAGAGAGGACUGUUGAAGAAUGGGAUUUAGUGAUCAAAGGGGCUGGUUUCAGUAGCUACACUGUCAAACAUAUUGGCUCAAUUAUUUCUAUCAUUGAGGCCUAUCCCUGAAAUUUACAUAUGUUUGAAUUUUCCUACUUGCUUUGUACUAUAAUAAUGCAUAUUGAACUUAUAUGCUUGUUUUAUUGGUUUCUA